CGUCAUCAAUGGUACAUCAGCUUUGCGCAAACAUUUUAAUAUUUGCAAGCGUAAUCCCCAUAGGAAUAUUGGUGAUGAUAAGCAAGCUGUGCUGCAAGUUAAUCAGGGUGAUAGUGUACAUUCUUGGAAAUUUGAUCAUGAUGCUAUUAGGGCCGCUUUUGCUGAAAUGAUAAUAGAAGAUGAGCUCCCAUUUGCAUUUGGUGAAAAAUCUGGGUUUAAAAAGUUCAUGUCUAAAGCCUGCCCACGUUUCUCAGUUCCAUCUAGGAGAACAUGCACUAGGGAUGUUGUUCGCGCAUAUUUUGAACAAAAGGCUAAACUGAAAAUUUUCUUUAAAGAACAAUGUGAAAGAGUGUGUCUCACAACUGAUGGUUGGACUUCUCAACAAAAAGAUAGCUACAUGACUGUUACUGCCCACUUCAUUUGUAAGGAAUGGAAACUCCACAAGAAAGUCAUUAGCUUUUUCAAGGUUAAGGGUCAUAAAGGAGAUGAUAUUGGGAAACACUUGCAGAAAACUUUGAUCGAUUGGGGGAUAGAGAAGGUCAUGACCAUUACUAUUGAUAAUGCUAGUAACAAUGAUGGUGGUAUUGGUUACAUGAAAAAGGAACUGAAUAAAGCUAAGACUUGCAUAGCUGGAGGCAAGUUUCUCCACAUGAGGUGUGCUGCCCACAUUGUCAACUUAAUAGUUACAGAUGGUCUAAAAGAAGUUGAUACUUCAAUCAAGCGUGUGCGUGCAGCUGUUAGAUAUGUCAGAAAUAGCCCAAGUAGGUUGACUAAGUUCAAAGAAUGUGCAGACCUUGAGAAGGUUAACACCAAGGCCUUCUUGAUUCUUGAUGUGAGCACUAGGUGGAACUCGACGUACUAUAUGUUGAAGGCUGCUGUUAGUUAUGAGAAAGUUUUUGCAAGGUAUGCAGAUGAAGAUCCUUACUUUGCAAUUGAUCUACUUACUGAUAAAGGUAAGGAGAAGGGUGUUGGAGUUCCAGAUGAGCAGGACUGGGAGAAUGUCAAGAAGAUGGCGAUAUUUCUUGCUCAUUUUGCGGAUCUAACAACUCGUGUUUCUGCCUCAUUGUAUGUGACUGCUAAUAGCUUUUUCCAUGAGAUUGGUGAGGUGAAUAUGUUAGUGAAAAGUUGGAUGGAAAGUGGGGAUGGUUUGAAAAUUGCAAUGGCAGAGAGGAUGAAGGAUAAGUCUGAUAAAUAUUGGGGAAAUUGGCAUGAGCUCGAUACCAGCAAAAAGGGGAAGGAAAAGGAGAACUUCAACUUGCUGAUUUUCAUUGCAACGGCACUUGAUCCAAGGUACAAGCUUACAGAAUACACACAAUUUGCCAUUUUAGAAGUGUAUGGAGAGGAGAAAGGGCCUAAGGUGUGGGCUGCAGUCAGUACGUGUCUUCGAGAUUUGUUCGAGGAAUAUAGGAUGAUGUAUGCUCCAAAUGUUGCAUCACCUCUAAGUAGUGCUUCUCAGGAAGUUGAAUCAACUGGAGGGCGUGCAAGCAUGAUGAGAUCCGUGAUUGCCAAAAAAAUGAGGCUGAACAGUGGUGGUAGCAGCAGCAGCAAGUCUGAGCUGGACAAGUUUCUUGCUGAGGAGCCUGAAGAUGAUGGCCCAAAAUUUGACAUAUUAGAUUGGUGGAAGGUUAACUCAUCUAGGUUUCCUAUAUUGGCAUGCUUGGCACGGGAUGUUUUGGCAGUCCCCAUCUCGACAGUUGCAUCCGAGUCUGCGUUCUCUACUGGUGGGUGUAUUCUCGAUGAAUUCAGAUCUUCUCUGACUCCAUUCAUGGUUGAAGCCCUUCUGUGCACUCAGGAUUGGCUUCGAUAUGGUACUCAUCUCAACAUAGUAGAGAACACUGAAGAAUUGACCAAGCUUGAACAAGAGUUAAUUGCGGAAUAUAAGGAGAAAGUGAAGCUCCAAAGCAAUGCCAAGCCUCCCACCACCGCAAAGCCUACUUAAGGAUUGAUAUUCUUUUUGGUUGGUUGUGGUUCUGAAUAAACUACUGCUAGUCGCUGGAGCAGACGAAAUAAAGCUUGAAGUUUAGAAGUUCGAAAAUUGUAGCUAUACUACUACUGUAUGCUGCCUGUUGCGUUUUAGGUUCUAAAUUUAAGUGUCCUGUUUUGAGACUCAAUUCGUGUGUUUGCUAAACUACUAUUGGAUGGUAAUGAUAUGAUCAUGUCGUA